GCUUGAAAUUCUACGUCAACAUACCCUAAGCAUUCCUAGCUCCUCCUUUCAUGUAUUUCAUGUAGAAUCCGAUAACAUCUAAUCUGAUCUCCCUACAUUCCAUUUCGAGUCAUGUCUUCACAUUACCUUACUCGCGCCUGUUCCUAAUAACAAACGAUUCCGUGCUGACGUCCAUCUUACUUACACAGACCCUCGUCAUCGUAACGCCGUUACUACUCACACAGUCGCGUUUCUCGCAUCAUCCAAAUUCGGCAUCCGAGAAACGCCUAGCCAAUAUCGUUUAUGCCAGCCAGAACCUUAUAGGCGCUCGAAAACGUGCAGAACAACCCGGAAGAUAGAAGUCAUUGUACGUUCUAAGGAGUUAGGGCCUCUCCUCUCCUAAUCGCGGCUGUUGCGAAAGUAACAGCAACACCUUGUUCCCAUGGUUCUCUACAGCGCAGGCCUACAGCAAUCAUGAUGCUGGAUGACCAACCCAUGCGAGCGAGCCUUCAGGUUGCUCCCCUCGCAAUCAACAAGUCCCGUUCCGAAAAUGCGGCGGAGAGCGCGCUGGAUGAUGUUUCAGCAACAGCGACAUCUGCACAUCUAUACUCACAGUCGCAAAUAACCCCCCCAUCAACCCCCAAUGAUUCUCAGGAAGAAUUGGUUCCUGAGACACCGUCAAAUCCUAUAUUCCACAAUUUCCUACGGGCCUUUUACCCGUUUCAGCCUAACUAUGCCAUGACAGAUUCGACGGUCACUUUACCACUAAAUGAAGGAGAUGUAGUCUUGGUUCAUUCUAUCCACACCAAUGGAUGGGCGGAUGGAACUUUGCUAGUAUCCGGUGCGAGGGGAUGGUUACCGACGAAUUAUUGCGAGGCGUACGACCCGGAUGAGAUGAGAAACCUACUCAAGGCGCUCUUGAAUUUUUGGGAUCUGCUAAGGAGCGCGGCGACAAAUGACCGAGACAUAUUUGGCAACCAGGAGUUUAUGAAAGGCAUUAUAGCCGGUGUGCGCUAUCUCUUGGAGCGGAGUCAUUGUUUAACACGCGAAUCAGCUACAAUACAGAGAAGCGAGAGUUUACGGAAAGGAAGGAAAUCUCUCCUCUCUGAACUCUCGUCUCUAGUAAAAACCGCGAAACGACUACAAGAAAUGUUGAGAUUUUCCCAAACUACUGAAGAAGUAAAUGACAUCAUUGAUGAGAUGAUCUUGAAGGCGUUCAAGAUCGUCGUUAAAGGUGUUAGAUUUCUUGACCUAAUCGAGGAAGAUAGGCGGUUACGUGCACGGGCAGUAACAGUAAUGGCGACAGUUAUUGAAGAAUCGUUUGUUCCACCGACGCCACCGAUGGAGUCGACUGCAUUCGACAAUAGCCAAGAAGAUGAUCAAGCUGCAUCCACCCGAACGGAUGCCAACGCAGGAUGUACAAGUGGAUUGGCGCCACCAGUAACCGAAGGUGUACAAACGGGGGAACCGACCAACAAGCGUCUAUCUUCUGUUUACUCGCCUGCCAACGCGACAAAUAAUCGGUUGUCUCAAAUCAACCCCUCCCAUGGGCAUCGAAUGUCGGCCACUAUAUCACACAGAGUGUCUCUAGCCGGUCCUUCGUCAUUGUCCCAUUCCCAAUCGCAGAACCUUGUUUCGGAGCGGCUCAAUUCCUGUCACGAUACGUUUUUGUCCCACUUGGGUUCUUUUAUUGGACGGUUACACGUCCAAUCUCAAUCGCGACCGGAGCUGGCCCUUGCCAUCAAACACUCGGUUAUCUCUGGCGGGGACCUUUUCGCCGUGAUUGACGCGAUAUGCGAUCACAACACGUCUGUUUCGGAGACGUUGGGACAGUCACGCGUCGCUAUGUACGAUCGGAUCCGAGAUUUAGUUUAUUCGGCCCGCGAAAUACUGGGCAACAAAGGACCUGAUGGUGAAGAUGUUAUCAUGCCUCAAGAUAAUAGCCGGCUUCUAUUCGCCGCGACCGGAUGUGUAAAGGCAGCAGGCGAAUGCGUUGCGAAAACGAAAUGGGUUUUGGAAAAAAUAGGCGAUUUCGAAUUCGAGUCCGAUAAUGGAAACUUGGGCAUCGAUUUAGGCGUAUUCGAAGCCGUGACGGAUAGUCGGCCACGAACACCCGCUGAGUCAACCAUAUCGGACGCCAAACCGUCCGAACCGUCGUCACAUAGGCCCACGCACUCGGUCAAUUCGUCGAUCGACAAGCCCCUCCCCGAGGUCCCCGUGGACGAACAAGAGCAAGAGCGACGGGAUUCGACGGAUGCCUCCCCAACAGCCUCUCGUCCGCAAUCGAUGGUUAUUGAUGAUGCUGCCUCGAGUAUGGCAUCCUCCGUAUCAUCCAUCCGGCCUUCACUGCCAGCGUUACCGAAGCUUACUACAUCACUUCCGCCGGAAGACCCGUACAGCCCCACAACAGAGGCUUCACACGACAGCGAGUUUCAUACUUCGUUCCGCUCCGAUACGGGUACCGCUUCUAGCUCCGGAAGCAACAGCACGUAUCUCAGUCGCGAUUCGGAAUCUAGCAUGGUGUCUGACACUUCAACUCGCGCCACUACCCCAGACAUUACUCUCGCUCCGAAGGCCCAACCUUCUCUAUCAGACUUGAGCACUGCGGGCAGCUCUAAUAUGAGCGAGGAAGCUGAUGAGCUUGAGUCAAAACUGUUGGAGAAGACGUUUGCGCACGAGCUGAUGUUUAACAAGGAGGGGCAAAUUACUGGUGGCUCGCUCUCUGCCUUGGUUGAACGCCUCACAACACACGAAGCAACACCGGACGCCAUGUUUGUGUCUGCCUUUUACCUAACCUUCCGACUUUUCUGUACGCCCAUCAAGUUGGUUGAGAGCCUUGUUGAGCGGUUCGAUUAUGUGGGCGAAAACCCCAAUACCGCGAGCCCUGUCAGACUACGAGUAUAUAACGUUCUAAAGGGGUGGAUGGAGUCUCAUUGGCGUGACGCUACUGACCAUGAAGCACUACCACAUAUCCAGAGCUUCGCUGAGUUCAAGCUCGGGCCUCUUCUGCCAUCGGCAGGAAAACGAAUCAUGGAACUCUCACUCAGAGUUUCCUCUACGACUGGUUCCCUCGUUCCGCGUCUUGUGUCCUCCAUGGGAAAGACAAGUACCUCGAUUUCUCAAUACAUACCUGUGGAUACGCCUCUUCCCCAUCCCAUUCUAUCCAAAAGUCAACAGGGUCUCCUCAACAAUUGGAAAUCAGGCGGCAGUCUCCCUUCUUUUCUCGAUUUUGAGCCCCUUGAAAUUGCUCGCCAACUAACUCUUCGGCAAAUGAACAUCUUCUGUUCCAUUUUACCCGAGGAGCUGUUGGGUUCGCAGUGGAUGAAGAAGAAUGGCGCGGCUUCGCCGAAUGUAAAAGCGAUGUCCGGGCUUUCUACCGAUCUAUCCAACCUCGUAGCAGACACUAUCCUUCAAUAUCCAGAAGUGAAAAAGCGCGCCGUGGUCAUCAAACAAUGGAUCAAGAUUGCACAUCAAUGCCUUGAGCUUAACAACUACGACGGCCUCAUGGCUAUUGUGUGUAGCUUAAACAACUCGGUCAUCAGUCGUUUGCGCAAGACUUGGGAGCUCGUCAGCCUCAAACGACGCGAAAUGCUAAAGUCCCUGCAAGCUAUAGUCGAACCUGCCAGUAACAACAAAGUCCUUCGAGCACGCCUCCAAGGUCACGUUCCCCCAUGUCUGCCCUUCCUUGGCAUGUUCCUGACCGAUCUUACCUUUGUGGACAUCGGCAACCCUGCCACAAAACAGCUACCUAGCGCUGGGUCGGACGACAAUGGGUUGACGGUGAUCAACUUCGACAAGCAUACGCGAACGGCUAAAAUUAUCGGCGAACUACAACGAUUUCAAAUCCCGUAUAGACUCGCGGAAGUUCCUGACAUGCAGGAAUGGAUUCAGGCCAAGAUUGCCCUGGUAAAGGAAUCCGACCAAGGCAACGUCCAAGUUAGUUAUUACCGGAAAAGUUUGAUGCUUGAGCCGAGAGAAAACUUUCUGAGUACGAGGACUCCAACUGAGUCGACGCCAUCCGGUCAAAAGGGUGAUUUGUUUGGCUGGAUAUCAAGAGACCGUCAUAACAAUAACAAUAACAACAACAGCAACAGCAACAGCAACAGCAACAACAACAACAACCACACUUUUCCUCUUUCUACAUAACGACAUACCUAUUUGAUUUUCCUGUCGCGGAAUCGCUGUUCCACGACUAGUACCACCAUUACUUUUAUUCGCCCUUAUAUUUACUACUAGUAUUACCGUCACCUCAUUAUUUUUUCAUCACAUUUAUUGAUACCCCUGUUGUUUCUGCGUCUUUAUUG